CAAUAUAACCAGUUUAAUAAAAACAUCAGUUAAACCCGCUCGUUUUGACUAAAUUAACGCUUUAAUCGCCAAACCACGUCACAAUCAAGAAAACAACAAAUAUUUUUCUUACCAAAGUCACUCAUCGAUUAUAAAAACACGCUACCUCAGACAGACAGUUUCGCACCACUCUUGCUAAACAUGAAACCCACAAUCGUGUCCGUCUGUAUUUUGACAGUUCUGAGUUUCUCUUCCUGUGCGGAACUACCACCCAGUUUCGAAAAAUGCAACAUCAAGCACUUGGAUUUUGAAAAAUGUUUGAGUGACGCCAUCCACGACGCCAUCAAACAAUUGAAAGACCCAAUUCCUGAACUGGGUUUACCCAGCAUAGAUCCAUUUAAUAUGAAAAGUAUAAAGUUGGACUUGGGAGAUAGUACUCAGAGUUUGCAGCAGAUAUGGAGCAACAUUACAGUUCAAGGCUUGAGCAAACCAGCAGCUACAGAUGCAAGAUGGACUUCUGGUUCUAUCAUCACCUUAGACCUCGAUGUGAGGUACGACCACACAUUAGUUUUCACCACCGACUACGAAGCCCACGGUGCAGCUCUUCUUCUGGUGGUUGACAUAUUUUCUAAAUUUACUUGCGAUUUUGUGGGCGGCGGAAACGUUAAAGUGACUUACAAAAUUCAACAACCUGAAAAAAGCAGCGGUUAUUUCGAACUGAUUAGUACCAAGGUCGUACUUGAACCCAAGCAAGUGAAAUUUAUGUAUCACGAUUUCUUUCAAAAUCAGAGUAUGACAGAUGCAAUAAACUCGGAGAUAAACAAAAAUUGGAAAGCAACCUGGGACUUCGUCCAUGAGUUUGUGGGUGUUUACGAUCCAUAUUUUGGUGCUUUGCUCAGAAGUAUUUUGGAAAGAGUUCCGGCUGAUCAAAUUUUCGAUGGGUUAAGUUAGAACCGUAUUUUUAUGAUGUGUAGGUCUUUAAAAUGAAUAAAUUGUAAAUUAUUCUACUAA